AUGUCAUCUUCGAUUCACCUAGUGUUCACCUUCUCGAGUCAUCGCCAUCUUGCCACUCUCGUGAUCUUUUUGGUUCAGAUAGGUAAGACUUACGAGUCGGAGAUUCCCUUCGUACAAUUCUCAAACCUCGUCGUCGCCAUCGUAAAUCUCAGGCCUCGUCAUUUCCAUCGUACAUCUCAGGCCUCAUCAUUUCCGUUGUAUUCCCCUCUUCCCGUCUUCUUUUUCCUUGACCCAGGGUGGGGACUUGAGGUCUCUGAGCUCAAGAAGCAACUAGAAAUUGCUAGACAAAAGGGUAUUACUGUUAGAGCCCUUGUUGUCAUUAAUCCAGGAAACCCAACUGGCCAGACAUUGGAAGAUGCACUGAACAGCUUAGAGGGUGUUACCUGUAACAAAUUAGAAGGUGCAAUGUAUCUUUUCCCACAAGUUAAGCUGCCAAAUAUGGCCAUAAGAGAGGCAGAGAAAGCUAAAAAAGCUCCGGAUGCAUAUUAUGCAAUUCGCCUUAAGGGUUUUGUAAUUGGCAUCAGGUUUGUUGCUGACUUGUUAAAUUCCACUUGUUGUUGUUUUAAGAUCAAUUUUCUCGGUCUUCACAGCCCUAGGAACCUCCUUCCAUACCCUUCAAUCUCUCAAAGUUCAACAUCAUUUUUAUAUAGAAGGGAUGAGCAUAAUUCAUGCCCGGUUUGUCGACAUGAAUUAUGGAAAGACGAUCAUGAGUAUGAAAGUAGGAAGGAGAGAGAAAAUGAGGCUGAAGAAGAGAGGAAAGGAGCUGCAAAUGCAGUGGGAGGAGGGUGGGGACUUGAGGUCUCUGAGCUCAAGAAGCAACUGGAAAUUGCUAGACAAAAGGGUAUUACUGUUAGAGCCCUUGUUGUCAUUAAUCCAGGAAACCCAACUGGCCAGGUUUAUCAGGAAACAUUUAUGUCCCUGAAAAGCACUUUCACUGUUUUUAGAAAGUUACUCGUUCAAUGGGAUAUGGUGACAAGGAUAUCCCUUGGUUUCUUUUCAGUCAAUGUCCACAAGGUGGCAUCAGUGAAUCUUUGUUCGAACAUUUAUGUUCAAAUUCUUGCAAGCCUUGUUAUGAGUCCUCCAAAGGUUGGAGAUGAAUCCUAUAAUUCUUAUUUCGCUGAAAGAGAUGAUCUGCAAGGUGAGCAAAGUUGUGUAUUGUGUCAGGAUGAGCAUAAUUCAUGCCCGGUUUGUCGACAUGAAUUAUGGAAAGACGAUCAUGAGUAUGAAAGUAGGAAGGAGAGAGAAAAUGAGGCUGAAGAAGAGAGGAAAGGAGCUGCAAAUGCAGUGGGAGGAGGUGAAUAUAUGUAUGUAUAG